CCCAGGGUGCAGUAGUAUACCGCGUGCACCCCGUGGUCAACUCCGAUUCAAAAAAACAAUCCCACCACUCUCCGCUUCGACUCCUGACUCCAGACGCCGCCCCCGGCCCCGCCCCCGCCGGAACCCUAGGAAGUCGCCGCCCGUCGCCGGGCACGCGGCCGCCGCCAUGACCGGGACAUCCUGGCUAAUUGAUAGCCAAAGAAUUGCUUCGAAAAUAAAAAACGUUUCUGGGUCACGGGAUCUCAGUAAACAAAAAUGGUUGAGCAACCCAACUAAGGAGUGCCCGAAUUGCAGCCACAGCAUUGAUAACAGUGAUGUUGUUCACCAGUGGCCUGGUUUGCCAAAGGGUGUAAAGUUUGAUCCGUCUGACCAGGAAUUGCUUGGGCAUUUGCUGGCAAAACAUGACAGAGCAGGUUCUCAACCUCACCCAUUCAUCGAUGAAUUUAUUCCAACAGUUGAGGAAGCUGAUGGUAUCUGUUACACUCAUCCACAGAAACUUCCAGGCGUUAAGCAAGAUGGAAGUGUAUCACACUUCUUCCACAGAACAUUUAAAGCAUAUAACACUGGGACUAGGAAGCGUCGAAAGAUCAACACUAGUGAUCUUGCCGAUGUUCGCUGGCACAAGACAGGCAAGACAAAGCCAGUAAUGGUUGAUGGACAGCACCUUGGCUGUAAGAAAAUAAUGGUGCUAUAUAUGAGUACUGUGAAGGGUGGGAAGCCCAAGAAGACUAACUGGGUGAUGCAUCAAUAUCAUCUAGGCACUGGGGAAGAUGAGCAGAAUGGGGAAUAUGUUGUCUCCAAAUUAUUUUUCCAGCAACAGAAUGGGCAAAAGAGUGCAUUAGAGCUAACCAACACAGAUGUGAUGGAAACUACAGUUGCUGAAGCAGAUCUUACUGACCUCCCUGAACCAACCGCGGAAGAAGAAGAUGAACGUAUUAGUAGUAUUAGUAACCAAGAGUUUCUUCUUAAUAAUGAAUAUAAUGCUGACGAGGAAGCCCUUCAUAGCCAUGAACAUAAUACUUAUCAGGAAAACGGAGAUUGUGAAAUAAAAAUGGAAGAAAAAGCUGCUGAUGAAAAUGCCGUCUAUCCAUCCUCUGAAAAACCCGAGGAUGGAGAUAAUCCACCAUCACAAGAUCCAAACUUGUGGGAAGGUGAUUCCCAGUUUCUGUUAGAUUCUCAGCAACUAGCAGAAAACUUGGCCAUUUGUGAUGAGUUCCUGCAGAGUCAGACCUCAUGCGGCGAUGGAGAUGAACCAGGUUCGAUCAAGCCUCGCCUGGCAGUUUAUGCCCAAUUGCCAGUAGAGGACUUGAAGAAAGAUCUGCAAGAAUACAAGGACUUGGGCCCUUCAGACAAUGCAAAUCUUGAGCCUGAAAACAAUGCUGAACUUCGAUUGAGCCAACUCGAAUUUUCACAGGACAGCUAUACGAUUGGAAUUUUCACAGGGCAGGCGGCUGAUUGACGUCGUCUCUCCUUGAAUGCAUUGCCAGCACCCUGCGCAUGAAGAAACAUCUGAAACCCCUUUUUGCGAGACAAUAUUAGAGCAAUGUGCUGCAAGCAUCACCAACUGUGGUUUUCAGCUAUGUGGUGAUGUGGCUAUUUUGUAACCUGCCAGCUUAAGACGUUGGCACUGUAUAUGAGUCGGGGUUGUUUAUGCACUGAUGAGUUGCUCUCAGGCAUACGAACUGUUAAAUUAUGAAGAAGGCCAGAAGGUGUGAUGCUGUGCGCUGGUUACUGUUCAGUCCUAGAACUAGCUAUGUCUGGCAGCAUGCGCUUGUAAAUUGUAAGGAUUAGCUGCCUCAUUUUGGGAAUCUUGAAUGAAAUGCUAAAUGAUUAGCUGA